AUGCGACGCCAACGCGGCCCCCUGGGCCUUUGGGUGACUACUCUGCUCUCCACGUCGUAUGGAAUCCGCGCGGUGGUCGGGCAAACCUCAAGUGCGGUCUCCCGGCCGCCGCCGUCGCCGCCGUCGCCCCCCCCGCCGAUGCCGCUCAUGCCGCCCGCGCCCUCGCCUCCGCCCGCGUACGCCUCCAAUUUCAACCUCACGCUCCAGGGAACGUCGAGCUCCAAGGCGUACGUCGACAACCCCGACCCGACGUACCAGACGCUCAAGCUGUGCGAUGUCGACAGCCUCGGCACGGGUGACGAGAAAGACCCAGAGAUUCUCAACGUGGCGUUCUACCAGCACAAGGUUGCCGUCUCCGGCGACGUCAUGGUCAUCGGGUCGGCGUGGGAGAGGGUCGCGGAGCAGUGCGACGGCGGAGCCGCGCACGUCUACGCCAGAACACCCGUCUCUGCGGACAGUGCUACCACCACUCAAGAAUACGCGUGGACGCACGUGCAGAAGAUCACGUCCAGGGACGUGUUCAACAACCAAGGAUCGGAUUCUGGAAACGAAUUCCUCACCAGGAACUUCGGCCACGCCGUCGCGGUUGACGGAGACACGAUGGUCGUCUCGCACUACGUCGGCCGAUACGUCAACGUGUACACCCGGUCCGACCCGAACGACCGCGCGUCGCUGUGGACGCUGCGCGCCAAGCUGGAGGUUCCCUCGCUGACGCAUCCGGAGACGAACAAGGACCAUUGGACAGAGGGGUUCGGUUACGCCGUGGCGGUGGACGGGGACACCGUCGUCGUGUCGCAGCCCGGCACGUACGCGGAGGGCGACGACCACGUCACGCGCAGGAAAUACAGAGGCGCGGUGCACGUGUUCACCCGCGACGUCCCGAACGACUUGACGUCCACGUGGCGAUACGUCUCGAGGCUCUCCACCGACGCGUUUGACGAUUUCGCAUUCGUCGGGCAGCAGACGCUCUUCGGGCAGACGGUGGCGAUCGACGGUGACGUCAUCGUCGUCGGCACCGACAACCUCGAGGGCGAAACGCCGGAGUCGGACAUCGGGAAAACGACGACGCAGUACCCAUCGGAGUGCACCGGCGUGCACGUCUUUGUCCGUCAAUCGCCGGGCGACCUCGCGUCAAAGUUUAAAUGGAUCCAGGUUGUCGACUCGCAGUGGGGUUGGACCGACGGGGACAUGCGAUGCGAACCGGAAUUCGGCAAGAGCGGGCUGACGAUUCGCGACGGCGUCCUCGUCGUCGGGUCGAGGGCGGAAUGGAUCCAACAGAGAAUCAAUCGCGACGGGUGCGGAGGCGAACAAGGCGCGGCGUACGUGUUCGAACGCAUCGACCCAAACGCGAUCGACUCCAACUGGACGCUCGUACAGAAGAUCACUCCGCCGUACGUCGGGUGCAACCAACGCGGCAGCUUCGGCUGGAACGCGGCGAUGUCCGACGGUGCGCAGACGCUGGUCAUCUCCGAACCGAGGGCGUCGUGGGAGUGGGACUACCCGUCGUUAACAGAGUACGACGCUUCAAGAAAGCAUCUCUCCGCCGGCGCGGUGCACGUGUACACGCGGGGCCAGGACUCGGCGGCGCCGAACGCGUCCUGGUUUUCGCUCAAGGCGACGAUCGGGCAGGGCGGUCUGGACGCGCCAACGCGUGUCGGGUGGACCGACGCGGACGCCACGAACGCGAUGUUCGGCGCGGGUGUCGCCAUUCACGAGGAUACCCUCGCGGUGACAUGCGUUAAACACUUCACAGCUGUGUACGCUCUGGACGGCGUGCCUACGCCGUGGAUCGUGCCGGAGGAGGAACCCGGCCCGUGGAUCAACACCCUGUUCCGGGACGCCGGCACGACGAUGGCGUCGCUGGCGGUGCUGAUGGGCCUCGGACCGAGCGCCGCGUUCGCCGUCGCCGCCAUCUUUUUCAAACCCGCGCUGAGGAACUGGCUCAUCAAGCACGGGAUGAAAAAACUCGCGGAUAAAAUCGUCCCCGACCUCGCGGAUGAUUUCCGCCUGAUGCAGAUCGAGAUGGAGGAGAUGAAGAACUUCAUGGCGGAGCAGGCGUUCCCGCGGUUGAAGCUGGGCGUCGACGUCCACCCCGAGAUCGCCGCGGAGGACAUCGUGCUCGAGCCUCUUCCGGAGUUUGCCGCCGCCCCCGAGAAAAAAAACGGUGGCGCCUCCUUCGGGACGGUUCAAGUCGCCGUCGUUCGCGGCGAGAAGUGCGACGUCAACACCGUGCUCCCCGGCGCCGGCGCCGUGGGGGUCCCGGACGACGUCGCCAAGACGAUCAAAAAAGAGAUCAACCUCAUCUCCACCUUUAACCACCCGAACCUGGUCAAGGUGAAGGGCGCGUGCGCGGAGAAGGGGCAGAUUGUGAUGGAACACUGCGACGGGGGAACCGUGGGAGACGCGCUGCUCGCGAAGACCGGCGACGACGAGAACGGCAUGUCGCCGUGGCAGCGCGCCAAGAUUGCGAGCCAAACCGCGGCGGCGGCGGCGUACCUGCACAGGCAGGGCAUGGCGCACGGGGAUCUGAACGCCGAUCGCGUUCAGUUGACAAACGACGGCGACGCGAAGCUCGGCGAGUACGGGAUGAAGGAGACGAAGAAGAAGGUGAACAAGCUGACGGCGGCGGCGUUCAUGAUCGGCGCGGGCCUCGCCAGGGUCGCGGCGACGACGCUCGAGAUUGCCGAGGCGGUCAUGGAGUCGUACGAUCCGGAAGCCGCGCGGGGGAACCGGAACCGGCGGGGAAAGGCUUCGAGGAAAGGCCGAACAAAAACGGCUCGAACAAAAAUCGCACCCGGGCCAGUGUGCGAAUCGAUCGACGAUGCAUCUUCGGACGGCGGCGGUUCAUCUUCCGACGACGACGACGCGUUUAACGCGGAAGACGAGCCGGCGCGGGCGAUGACCGCGGCGAUGACCGCGCCCGAGCUCCUGCGAAGGAACGGCGGCGGCUUCGGCGGCGACCCGAAGUCCACGCCGGCGUCUGACGUGUACUCUCUCGGGAUGACGCUGUGGCAAAUGUACGAGGGGCGGGGGCGCGCGCCUUUCGGGGACGCGGGGCCCCACGAAGUUCGCGCCAGGGUCCUCGCGGGCGAGCGACCGGGGUUCGAGAACGCGGACCUCAAGUUUGAGCUGAAAGGGUUGAUCGAGUGCUCGCGGCGACGGUUGCGGUGA